UUGACGAUUUUGAGAAGUAGAAAAGGGGGCGUGGCCUAGAACAUUCUCCUUCCAAUUCAAAGUUCUUUCCAGGGAGAGAUAAAAAUUCAAUUUUAGAAACGAAAACAUUGGUGGAUUUACCCGUUUGAGGUUUCCCAUUCUUUGUUUGAUUGAGUGGUUUUUGCGACUUCAAGAGGCCCGUGAAUGCUCAUUGUCAGAUCUUUUGUCGUCAUCGCAGCUCGUACUACACUACUGUCCAGGUUGAGGAGCCACGCAGCUGUCGUCCAAGCAAACCAGUUCCAUAAAACGGGACUGCUGUUCAAGAAAAGAAAGAAACAAAUCGACGUAAAGGACUUGGUGUCCAGAGUUAUGAAUGACACCCCAGAGGUUAUCUAUGAACGGAAGGUGCAGAAGGAAGCUGAAGAAGGUGAAAUCAUAGAAAUUGACAGCGAGGACUCCAAUGACAACGACGUUGAAGUCUUGGAAGAAAUAAUGCAUAAGACUCCUAAAAAUCCACCAAGCAAGAAAUUUGGAAGAGAAAUUUACCACCCUCGAUGUCCCCUGUCUGGGCGUCUUUUAGACUUUACGCCAGUUGGAGAAAAAGUUAAUAGGCAUGGCGUUGGAAAAGGUGAAGUACAGUUUUCUGUGAUGAGCUACAACGUGUUGGCCCAGGAACUCCUAGAGCAGCAUCCCUACCUAUACCAGUACAACAAUCCUCAAAGCCUAGUCUGGCAACAAAGAUUCUCAGGCAUUGUCAAAGAAAUCAACUUCCUCAAACCUGAUAUUUUAUGCAUUCAAGAGGUUCAAGCUUCCCAUUUGGAUCGAUAUUACACUGCUACUCUGAAGAAUUUAGGAUACACAGGGACUUUUAAACGUAGGACUGGUGAAAAGUGUGAUGGAUGUGCCAUAUUUUGGUUGAAAAGCAAAUUCAAAUUGCUGGAGGAAACCUCGGUCGAGUUCUUCCAGCCUGGAGUUUCAGUAUUGGACAGAGAUAACAUUGCAAUAGUUCUCAGACUGGAGAUUGACGGCCACGAAGUUGUCGUUGCCACCACACAUUUGCUCUACAAUCCUAAAAGAAGUGACAUUCGACUUGCUCAGGUACAACUGCUUUUGGCUGAGCUGGAUCGCGUCUCUCACUGCAAAAUUGAUGGCGUAACUUGCCAUCACCCUGUAAUCCUGACUGGGGAUUUCAACCUGGAUCCGUUCUCCAGCGUGUACAAACUCAUCACCUCUGGCCAGUUGAGGUACGAGAGCCUCUCUAAACCUAGGCUGAAAGAACAGCCUGGCAGGGCCUCUCCACCACUUGGCUGCAGUUUGGUCCCUCCACACCUGGGGGUCACCGACUGCUGCCGACAUGCAUCCAUUAUCACAGAAAGAACAGAGUGUAUAGAAAGGCAGAGAAGUGUGGAAAUAGUCACUAGAGAGCUGAACCUUCUUGGUUUGCAUCACACCGAGCGGAGGUCUCGGAAAAUGCAAGUACCUAAAAGUGGCGAGCACCAAUUUGGCUCCGGCACGCUUUCUCACAACCUCAGUCUGGUCUCUGCCUAUCCACACAGGAGGAACAACAAGUUUGAAGCGACAACGCACCAAGACGAGUGGACAACAGUUGACUAUAUCUUCUACAGCCAAUUGUCGGAAGAUCUUAGCUCAAAAAGACUGAGCCUCUUGGCAACUUGGAGAUUGCCAACCGUGGACGAGUGCGAAAUUCUAGGCCCCAUUCCAAAUUUUGACGCUCCCUCAGAUCACCUCCCAAUUUUUGCAGAUUUCCUUUUAGUAUAACCAUUGUUUCUCACUCAAUGAACACACUGAUUUUAAUUUUGUCAUGAAACGAUAAUAACAGAUCAUAAUAAAUGAAAAUUUGAUGUUGUAAGCAAAAAAAUGCUGUGCCUGCAUAAUUGUAAGAAAAUACUGAAAUGAGAAAAAUGUAUUUUUAUCUUCAAUAAAUCUAUAAUUUAUUA